CAGCGCCCGACCGUGGACAUUCGCAUUAUCAUGAGUGUGACUCUUGUGAGUCUCAUUUUUACUCGCGAUGAAGCGCUGCUUUUCUGUCGCUGCUGAAGAAGAACAGGACGUGAGCGUGGGUGCACUUUCCCAAGACUUCAAGUCAAAGUUUCCGGCGAUUUCCGGCAUCCGACAAGUGCUUCUCUUUGGACAAACACGGAACGAAUCUGGUCCAUGAGUCUGGCGCUGAUGGCAAAGCAGAGAAAAUAAAAAUAUUGUCAAAGCACAAAAAACGCCAUCAACCGUGCACCUGCACGAUGAGCGAGGACGCCGAGGAGCGUAGUGACCUGAACGUGAACCGGCAACGGUACGAGCUGCACUGUAGCAAUACCAGAAGGUCAGAAAGCAAGGCUGCUGCACAAACAGUGGACAGUGAUAUAGAUGAUGCCAUUGAUGGUGGAGCCAAAGCAAAUGCUCUUUCGCCAGUCCGCAGCAACAUCAUUUUGCUGUUUGUUGCCAUCAACAACACGAUCGUGUGGACCGCUAUUGGCUUGAUGAUGCCAUUCUUUGGUGGAGAAGCGUUGAAGAAAGUGCCUAGUCCGAGUUUGGCGAACCAUUUUGUCAUCGGUCUGAUAUUCAGCAUAGCAACGUUCGUGGAAUUUCUUGCUGCUCCUUUCUUAGCCAAGGACUUGGUGAAUGUUGGAAGUAAGUUGAUGUUGGUCCUGAGUACAUUUGAGAUUAGUGCAAUGAUGUUUCUGUUUAGUUUUGUCAAUAAAAUCGAGUCGUGGAGUAUCUUCCUGGCAAUGUGCCUCACUAUCCGUUUAGUCCAAGGCAUUUCAACGGCAGCAAACUUUGUUUCUUCAUUUUCGCUACUAGUCGGUGCCUUCCCGGAGUCGAGCGGAUUGGUGAAUGGAGUGUUGAGGUGUGCAAAUGGAGUAGGCUAUGCCAUGGGUCCGGCACUAGGCGGAGUGCUGUAUGACGCGGGCGGAUUUGCUCUUCCGUUCUACAUCAUCAGUGGUGUUCUUGGAGUCAAUCUUGUUCUUCUCGUCAUGUUCGUACCGUCUAGUGAGACUGUCCUGUCUUCAGUCAAGCUGAAGAGUAACAUUAGCUAUAUUCAAUUACUGUCUGUGCCCUGGGUGUGGAUGGUGAUCAUAAACUUAAUUAUCGGGGUUUCGAUUAUGGGAUUUCUAGAGCCAGUCCUCUCGGUGUACCUGAAGAAUUCAUUCAACUUGCCGACGAUAUACGCUGGAAUUGGUUUCUUUAUUAUGAGUGUGGCAUUUAGUGCGGUCACUCUGCCUGUAGGCUAUUGUGUUGAUCGCUCACUUAACCCUAGACUCAUGCAAGCUGUUGGUCUCCUCAUAUGUGGAAUAGGCUGUGAGCUAGUUGGCCCUGCUCCGUUUUUACCACUCCCAAAGUCCUUAGCUUUCUGCUACAUAGCUAUGGUGUUGUUUGGUGUGGGCGAUGCCCUCGUUGCUGUGUCGUCUGUGCCUGAUAUUCUCCGAACUCUGGAUGCUCAGGGCUUGGGCAGUCCGGGGGAGAUGCGUGCAGCAGCUGCUGGCCUCUUCCAAGCAGGAGUAUCUCUUGGCUAUGGCGUUGGCCCAAUGUUGGGCAGCACAAUAACUGCAGCCGUCGGGUUUGAGUAUGGCACUUCAAUAAUGGGUGUAGUAUAUUUGCUCUGGACUGCGCUCUUCUCCAUUGCCGCACUCAGCUGUGACAAGCUGCUCAUUGUACAGCUUGAGAACCUUGUGAAAGGUCAUUCAUAAUCGACAUCCAUGUUAUUGCUACUUGAAUGGACUCAGAUGGAGAGCCAAGAAUCAAUUUAUUCCCGUAGCUAUGCAAAAGACGUUACUUCAGUAAUGUCUGGCACUAGCCAGGGUCCACACAGCUUUAAUUUCGUGUUUGUUUGUUUGUGCCAUCGGCAUGCCUGGUGCUAUCCCGUACCUGCCCCGUACCGUACCAUCAAAGGCAGCUGGCCGCAAUAUUCAACUAGGACUGUCA